AAUAGGAAAAAGUCGAAUACAAUUAUACAAGUAGAACUACGAAUGGCUCCCUAGUAAAUUUUUGCAAUUCUAUGCCCUCUUGCACAGUCGCCCGGUUUCCUCUCAAAAGUCCAAAUCAUUUCCCUCCGCCAAAUCCAAACCUCCUCACCACUUCCCGCCCAAUCUAAACCUCCCCACCCAAACAAAACCCUAACCCCCAAACAGGAGCCAAGCCUAAACCGAGCCAAACCCAUCUCCCUAGCAGCCAUGAAAGUCCGGUCAGUGAAGCUCCGUGAGGCCCACAAGGCGGCCGCUGCCUCGUCCAACAAUGGGCGCGGCUCCUUCUGCUCCGUCCUGUGGGACCAGCAAGCCCUUCACCUGGUGACGGCCUCCUCUUCCGACCCAUCCAUCUCCAUCCACGACCCUCUUCUUCCCUCCAGCGCUCCUAAGAUCCUCCGCCACCACCGCGACGGCGUCACUGCCCUCGCCAUUAGUCCCAACUCGACGUGCCUCGCUUCCGGAUCCGUGGAUCACUCUGUCAAGCUCUACAAGUUUCCGGGUGGAGAGUUUGAGACUAAUAUCACUAGAUUCACAUUGCCAAUACGUGCCCUUGCAUUUAAUAGAUCAGGGAGCAUGUUGGCAGCUGCUGGUGAUGAUGAGGGUAUUAAGCUAAUCAACACAAUUGACGGUUCAAUUUCAAGGGUUCUGAAAGGACAUAGAGGACCUGUCACUGGCUUAGCUUUUGACCCUAAUAGUGAAUACUUGGCAUCUAUUGAUUCAUCUGGGACUGUCAUAUAUUGGGAGCUCCACUCUGGAAGAACAUUGCACACUCUUAAAGGUAUAGCUCCUGACACUGGUUCUGACCUUUCUGUAAUGAAUGUAGUUAGCUGGAGUCCUGAUGGGGAGACCUUAGCUGUCCCUGGUUUGAGAAAUGAUGUGGUGAUGUACGACAGAGAUACAGCUGAAAAGCUGUUUUUGUUGAGAGGUGAUCACAUGCAACCUAUUUGUUUCUUGUCUUGGUCACCCAAUGGUAAGUACUUGGCUACGUCUGGUUUAGACAGACAGGUUCUGAUCUGGGAUGUUGAUCGGAAGCAGGAUAUUGAUAGACAUAAAUUUGAUGAUAAAAUAAGUUGCAUAGUAUGGAAGCCAAUUGGCAAUGCACUGGCUGUAAUUGAUGUUAUGGGAAAGUAUGGCGUGUGGGAAUCAGUUGUUCCUUCGUCAAUGAAAUCUCCUACUGAGGAUGUUCCAAAUUUACAAUCAAAGAAUAGUAAUGGGCUCCUUUUGUUUGAUGAAGAGGAACAAGGUCUUAGUGUAUCUGGUAGUCUAAGUGAUCUUGGUGAAGAUAGCCAUGGUGAAUCUGAACCUUCUACCAGGAAAAGGCUACGCAAGCAGUCUGCAUAUGAGGGAAGUUUGGAUGAGGAUGGUUGUGAUGAAUGGAGCUUGCCUCCGAAGGUCGAAUCCCGUAAGAAAGUGAAUCAUAUUCACAAGGAAAGCUUGAAUAAUAGGAAUGAAGGGCUGAGAAGAAUAACGACAUCUGCUAGUCCAAAAAUGCAGGAGGCAUUUCAGCCUGGUGCAACUCCAGUCAAGGAUGCAAAAAGGCGCUUUUUGUGCUACAAUAUGGUUGGAAGUAUAACCACAAUUGAACAUGAUGGAUACUCCCAUAUAGAGAUAGACUUUCAUGAUACUGGCAGAGGUCCACGAGUUCCCUCAAUGACUGAUCAUUUUGGCUUUACAAUGGCUGCAUUAAAUGAGAAUGGAAGUGUUUUUGCAAACCCUUGUAAGGGUGAGAAGAACAUGAGUACUCUUAUGUAUUGCCCGUUCAGUACCUGGGCAAAUAAUAGUGAGUGGUCUAUGAGAUUAGAAGGGGAAGAAGUGAAGGUUGUGGCUCUUGGUACUGCUUGGGUAGCUGCAAUUACGAGUUUUAAUUUUCUUCGCAUCUUUACUGAGGGUGGUUUGCAGAAACAUGUUCUUUCCCUUGACGGGCCUGUGGUGACUGCAUCAGGCUUCAAGGACGAACUUGCGGUUGUCUCUCAUGUGUCUGACUGUCUUCCCUCAAAUGAUCAGAUGUUAGAGUUCAGAGUAUUCAACAUAGCUAAUGGAACUCAGCCUCUCAGAGGACGUCUGCCAUUAACUCCCGGUUCACAUCUAACAUGGUUUGGGUUUAGUGAAGAAGGCCAAUUAAGUUCCUAUGAUUCUAAGGGCAUGCUGAGAGUGUUUACCAGCCAAUAUGGUGGCAGUUGGCUUCCACUCUUCAGUGCUAGUAAAGAGAAGUCAGAUGAAAACUAUUGGGUGGUCGGGUUGAGUGCAAGCAAGCUGUUUUGUAUUGUUUGCAAAAGUCCAUACUUAUUCCCGCAGGUGAUGCCCAAACCAGUCCUCACUCUGAUGAAUCUUUCAUUUCCUCUUGCAUCGUCUGACCUUGCAGCAGAAGCCCUUGAAAAUGAAUUUAUACUGAAUAACAUGCAUCUCUUACAGAUUCAAAAGAGAAUAGAAGAAAUGGCUGGUGCUGGUUUGGAGACCAUUUCACUUGAUGACGAGGCUUUUACUAUGGAAGCAGCUCAAGAUAGAUGCAUCUUGAGGCUUAUUGCAUCCUGCUGCAAUGGUGAUAAGCUUGUGAGGGCUACUGAACUCGUGAAGCUUUUAUCAAUGGAAAAAUCUGUGAAGGGUGCAAUCAAGCUUGUUACUGCACUGAAGCUUCCUUACUUGGCCGAACGGUUCAACAGUGAAUUGGAGAAAAGACUGCUUGAUGAAAAUCAAGGGACUAAGCAAACUAUUCUCCCAAACUCAAGGGGUAAUGCACCUAUCAUGGCUGAUGUUGCACUCAGCAAGACCUUUACUUCUCCUGAAACAAAGGAAAUAUCAGGAACUGUAAUUCCAUUGGCAUCACCAAAAUUGACUGCUCCUCUGUUUACAAAGAAGAACAAAUCACAAGAGGGAACUAAAUUUGGAAUAAAGAAAACUGAGCAAAACCAAACUCUUGUGCCAGAUGGAAGAAAAGAAGAUGGAGAUAAAAAUUGCAGGGAAGGUGAGGAAGAUAGGGGAAAUGUCUCAGGUACAAUCAAAUCAUCCAUUGCAUUUAUGAAGUCAUCAGACAAGCAGGAGGUAAAGAGAGUAGAGGAGAAUCAAGUACAAUCUCAUCGCCCAUCUAAUCCGUUUCUAAAGUCUUCUAUCAGGUGAAGUCCUUUCUGUUUAUCCUUCCAACUGACCACAGGAAGACUGCAGGCACGGGUAAAGGAUAAAGAUUGAACCAUGGUAGAUGGCUAAACCCCCGUGGCCCAGUCCAGCAUUUGUCAACAUGCAUGGAGGAAAAUCUUUGGUGUGCUUUUCUGAGGCGCUGUAACAUGGAGUAGCAUGGAUUAUGUUCUGAAAUUAUGCAUUUGGGAGAUAUAGGGGAUUCAUUCUUGUCCUUCUCAAUGCGUGGCUUAAUUGCAUUAUUGCAAGCAAGAA